GACGCUCUAUGUAGGGACGGCACGAGUGAAAUCUCACGUGAUCUGCGUACAAAACGCCUCAAAACUCGGCGAGAAUGGCUAGCUAUGCCUUCAAAACACACCAAAAAUCACUCACGGGUCCAUAUCUACCUAUACAUAUGCCCAAAAGUUGCAUACGUCCCUGCAAUUCUCGACACGAGAAUCCGCUCAUACGCGAUUUCUGGUUUUCGUGUCAUCAUAAUAUUCUUCAUCUUCUUCUUCUUUAAACCCGCUAUCUCCUUACCAGUACCAGUUGAAGCGCUGAUUUUUUCACUGAACGUCUCCAAUUUUGCCGGAGGUGUGCACGGACAUCAAGCGAUCGUUUCUUUCUUGCCGCAAGUCACUACGGUAGAUCAUGGAGCUCUUCCAUGGUCGACACUGAACAACGCCAUUUGCUGCUAACUCAGCAUCAGUGAGCCGUGCGCAUGCGCCAGGCAGGGGCGCGGCGUUAGAGCGGACCAUGGGGUCCCCGUCAUGCGCUCCGUUUGGCUGCUGGUUUUUCGCUCGCCUGGGUUUGCUCCCGAAUUUGGGCCUAGCUAUCCGUCUUGUGCUCAUUUUUCUUUCGAGGUUCCACGCGACGACGGCCACGACUUCACGUGGCCACCCCCACGUGACACUCCGUGUCUGUCUUGUCCGCACUGCUGCUACCAUUGUGCUGGAUUCGCCACGGUCAAAAGUCUGUACUCUACUGCAGCUUGGGUUUCUUGAGUUGGAGCCACAGUUAAUUAUGUUUCAAGGGGUGCCUGACAACUCUCCUUCCACUUCCAGUUCAACCUUCUGCAUCCCCUCGGCCACUUCUCUGCUGACAGUCGUGGCUGAUAACAAGAACCUCACCCUGUUCCUUCAAUCGCAAGGCCUCCACUGCGCUCUACCACAGCUCUGCUGUCGUCACUGCCACCUGGGCUUCUCCAUCCUUUGAGGGGUUGGACUGCAACUGCACUCUCAAGCUAGACCCUGAACCCUACAAACUUUUACUGCCCACUUGCUACUAGCUAUGUACCCCUGAUUUGGCCUCCACCUUUCACUUCAGCUGGAAUAGACCUCUCCUAAAGAAAAAACUUUCCUUCACAAUUCACAACAAAGCAUAUUGUAUAAUGAAUGUAGGGUUAGUUUUGUACUUGCGCAAGGGCCCGCUAGUCUCUCGCGCAAGAAUCGCGCAAAAUUGCAAACUACGUCACGGGCAUCGCUCCUGCCCCCACAAUGCACUGCGAGUGUGUGUGCGAUCAAAUCUUCAAAUCACAAAUCUGCAGUGCAUAUAUUUCUACCCGCGCGUGUGUGAACCCUAAUGUGUGCAGCCCCUCGCUCACCGCUCUGCACUGCAAAAAGGGUGGGGCUGAGCAUGUGCUAAAAAAGUAAGUGGAACAAGUGGAAAAAUCAUUUCUUCAAAAUGAAGGGGGAUG